AUGCUUGGAAUGGAGCUAGCGCGCAACUUUGGCAUGUCAGAAAGCCAAGUCAGUCGUGUUUUCACAACAUGGAUCAACUUUCUGGAAAGGGAGCUUUCGCACCUUAACCAUAUACCUUCUCGAGAAGAAAUUAGGGCACAUCUCCCAAAAUCUUUCCGGCAUUUUGAAAAUACUAGGCUUGUUUUAGAUGCCACGGAGGUUAGAAUUCAACGACCAUCAUCACAGAGUGCACAGCGCCAAACGUUCUCUCCCUACAAACAUUUCAACACAUAUAAGGUCCUGAUUGGGUGUACCCCUGAUGGAUAUAUAGCAUUUGCAUCACGUUUGUGGGGAGGGUCUGUGUCGGAUAAGGCUAUUCUGCAGUCCAGUGGGCUUCUGGAUAAAUUGGAUCCUGGCGAUGCAAUUAUGGUUGACAAAGGGUUCACAUUCCCAUACUUGCCGCCUGGACUGACAAUAUACAGGCCUCCAUUUCGAGAACGACACGAAGCGCAAAUGAAUGCGCAAGAUGUAUUAGAAACCAGGCGCAUCGCAUCGGCAAGGGUGCAUGUAGAAAGGGUGAUUGCACGCGUGAAAAGCUAUCGCAUACUGGACCGGCCUUUCCCUAUUUGUAUGAUUGACAUUGCUGAGUCAGUCUUCAAAGUGUGCUGCUACUUAAGCAACUAUCGAAAUGUACUUAUUAAGGACACAGACUAA